CAGUCUAUAAAAGGAUUGCUUGAGCAGUCAUUCGGUCUGUGAGAGAACUAGCCAAAGGAAAAGGGGUACAGGCAAGAGUACACAUAAAUACUAUCUUGACUUGGGAUUCAAAUAUAUUGAAUAAGUAAGUUCCAUACUUCAGGGAGCAGCAGAUUGGAUAUUGCAGGAAAGAACAAAUCAGGUAUUUAUAUUUAGAGACAGAAGAUGUAUCAUCAUCCUCAACAUCAAGGGAAGAACAUCCACUCUUCUUCAAGAAUGCCAAUACCUCCUGAGAGGCACUUGUUCCUGCAUCGUGGGAAUGGUCAGGGAGACUCUGGACUUGUCCUUUCAACGGAUGCAAAGCCUAGACUGAAAUGGACGCCAGAUCUUCAUGAGCGCUUCAUCGAAGCAGUCAACCAGCUGGGAGGAGCAGACAAGGCUACUCCAAAAACAGUUCUGAAACUUAUGGGGAUUCCAGGACUUACCUUGUACCACCUAAAGAGUCAUCUUCAGAAAUACAGGCUCAGCAAGAACCUUCAUGGACUAUCUAACAGUGGGAACAAAGUUGGUUCACUUGCUAUUUCUGGAGACAGAAUGCCUGAAGUAAAUGCAAUCCAUAUGAACAAUUUAAGCACUUCGCCACAGACAGCAAACAAAAACCUGCCGAUUGGUGAAGCACUCCAGAUGCAAAUUGAAGUUCAGAGAAGGCUUCACGAGCAGCUGGAGGUACAAAGACAUCUACAGCUCAGGAUAGAGGCUCAGGGAAAGUACCUGCAAGCGGUGCUGGAGAAAGCUCAAGAGACUCUUGGAAGGCAAAAUUUGGGUCCGGUGGGGCUUGAAGCUGCCAAAGUUCAGAUUUCUCAACUGGUUUCCAAAGUAUCGAACCAAUGCCUGAAUUCUGCAUUUCCAGACCUGAAAGAACUUCAGGGCUUGUGUCCCCAACCGACUCAAGCAACACAACCCACUGACUGUUCACUGGACAGUUGCCUGACCUCCUGUGACAAAUCCCUGAAGGACCAAGAAACACAUCACAGUGGGAUGGGAUUGAGACCGUACAACGGUGGCAUACUUUUCGAGCACAGAGAGAUUACUGAAGAGCCUAUGCUACCCCAAGCUGAACUCAAGUGGGGUGAAGAUCCGAAAGAGAACCAAAUGUUCCUCUCCCCAAUGAGCAAUGACACAGAAAGAAGAAUGUUUUCUACAGAAAGAAGCUCCAGCGAUUUGUCAAUGAGUGUUGGACUCCAUGUAGCGAGGGGCAAUGACAGCAAUGGCUUGCCUGAAGGAAGAUUCAAAGGAACAAAUCAGGGAGACAAUUUUAUGGACCAAACAAACAGAAGGAAAGACUCAGCAGCAAAGUUAGUGAAUGAGAAGGUUUCGCAAGGAUAUCAACUGCCUUACCUUUCAACCAAACUAGACCUGAACGCCCACCACGAAAAUGAUGUUGCUUCAAACUGCAAACAGUUUGACUUGAAUGGCUUCAGCUAGAGCUGAAAAGAGACUGCUCAAAGUGAAUAUAAGUUCACAGGACAGCUAAAUCCAUACAUGAAAAUCAGCAAGAUUAUAACCUGCUGCUCUUUCUUGCUGGCCACGAUGCCAUGAAACCAUCGAGAGACACCCCAUCGAAUAAGUUGCAACAGAAAGACAGAUUGAUUUAGGGCUGUAUAAUAUUGAUUCAUGCAGCAUAAUAUGAUCUUGAGUUCAAAAUAUGUUGACAUAUAGUAAAUCAACUCAAUGUUGCAGAUUCAGCUAUAACAAUGUUUCUUUAACAAAAGGCUUCAAAGCAUCAUAUUUUGUGCACAA